AAUUCACAUUCGCAAUAUAAAUCAAACCAAGAGAAAAGAGAGGGAAAAUGAAACCAUCGAAGACCAUAAUUAAAAUGGAUUCCAAGCAUGCGUUCAUUCUCUUGGCACUAGUAUUAACCCUUGCAAUGGGGGCCCGUGGCGGUGACCCUGACAUCCUCACCGACUUCGUCGUCCCUCAAGGAGCCAACGAGGUCAAUGCAACCUUCUUCACGUACACCGGCAUGAGGACCCUCAUCCAGGAGCAGGCCCAGCCAGCGAACUUCACCGUGACGAAGGCAACCAUGGCCGAGUUUCCGGCCCUGAACGGGCAGAGCGUGUCCUAUGCAGUCCUCCAGUUUCCUGUGGGAACUGUUAAUCCGCCCCACACCCAUCCCAGGGCCUCCGAGCUCCUGCUCCUGACCUAUGGGUCCCUUGAGGUCGGCUUUAUAGACACGACCAGCAAGCUCUAUACCCAGACCCUUCAAGCUGGUGACAUCUUCGUGUUCCCCAAGGGGCUCGUGCACUUCCAGUACAACCCUAGCCCAAAGGACUUCGCCUUGGCCGUCUCCGCUUUUGGGAGUGCCAGCGCUGGGACCGUGUCUCUUCCCGUGAGUGUGUUCGGGACAGGUAUCGACGACACAAUCUUGGCUAAGUCGUUCAAAUCCGAUGUGCAAACCAUUCAGAAGCUCAAGGCGGGUCUCACCCCUCCACCCAAAUAAUUUGAAAGGCCUAUGGAGUUGGGACUAUAUCGUGCCAGCUAACUGCAAGGAAGUUGGUGUCCGGAGUUAAAAAUAAGACAAAAUACGAUAUCUGUUGUUGGUUGUUGUUUAUUGAAAUUUAUGUCUUCCUUUCGAUUUGGAAAACUAAUACAAAAUUAAAAAUAAAAAUUUUUGUUGAGAGA